AUGCCGGCCGAGAGGCGCACUCUGCGAUCAAACAACAAGUCAGAUACCUCUUCAUCAGCUAACGGUGAAAAGGCUCGCUCGAACUCUCAGAGCUCGCCUUCCAAAGACAAGGCCGCGCCUACGACUCGCGCCGCCGCCAACAAGGCCAAGCCGGCUCCGGUAAAGAAAGGCGCCAAGGGCGUAUCGAACGCUGGUAUGGGUGAGGAGGAACAACACGUUAACGGGUCGAAGAAUGCGGAGAACGGUGUGAACUGUUCUGAGGACGUUGAGAUGGGAGAGGAUACGGCAGGUGCGCCUACAUCCUCAUUCAACACCAGCAAGGGACGGCAUGGUGACGAGAAGAUGACUGUUGUAGUGCCCCCGACCAAGGGUUCCAGAUCAUCCGGCAAGGCUGGUCAGGACAAGGAGGAGGAUGUGACAAUGGAAGGUGCCGAGGAUGGUGACGCUGAGAAGGCCGAACCAGAGAUCGACCCGGCCGUCAAGGCUGUUCAAGAUAUCAAGGCCAACUUCACCCUUCUCGACCGAGCUGUCGCUCACUUCGAUCCCCGAUUCACCCUACGUGUCCUGCGGUCGAUAUCGUCCAUGCGGAAGCACAUCUCCCCCGAGGUCCUCGCGGAAGUGAUCACCGACACAUACGCAGCAUCUAACUCGACGGCUAUAUUCCUCUUGGAGGCUCUCGGCCAGGCCAGUGCUUUUGAGAAUGCCCCGUCGAACAUGGAGGUAGAUGUGGAGAAGAAGGCGACCCCAAAGGAGGUGCUACCCGAGGUGGAUGCGUACCUUUCAAUCUUGGUUCAGAUUUACCUCUUCGAUCAGCGAAAGAUUCAGCAGGGCGCGGAGUUCUCGACCAACUUGAUCGAGCGCCUUCGGGCUGUCAACCGCCGUACACUGGAUUCUCUUGCCGCUCGCGUUUACUUCUACUACUCUUUGUUCUUCGAGCAGAUUGCUCCUCUCCCUCCUUCCCCAGCGGCGACCGUUACCACCAUCCGUCAGCCCCUGCUGGCUGCCCUGCGAACUGCUGUUCUCCGGAAAGACGUUGACACGCAGGCUACUGUCAUGACCCUGCUGCUCCGCAACUAUCUCUCCACCUCCCACAUCACGCAGGCGGAUCUGUUGAUCUCGCACAACCGAUUCCCUGCUGCUGCCUCCAACAACCAGAUUGCUCGGUAUCUCUACUACCUUGGCCGUAUUCGUGCCAUUCAGCUGCAGUACACCGAAGCCCACAGCCAUCUGAUCGGUGCCACCCGCAAGUCCCCGACCAGCCAUAGCGCUCGUGGCUUCUAUCAAUCUUCUCACAAGCUGCUCGUGGUGGUCGAGCUGUUGAUGGGUGACAUUCCGGACCGUGCGGUCUUCCGCCAGCCGGCCUUGGAGAAGGCCAUGCACCCCUACUUUCUGCUGGCACAAGCCGUCGGUGUCGGUGACCUGGAUGGUUUCCUGAACAUCGUCAACACCCACAGUGCUGCAUUCCGCAAGGAUGGCACCUACACACUCAUCCUUCGUUUGAGGCAAAACGUCAUCAAGACCGGUAUCCGCAUGAUGUCCUUGUCCUACUCCCGUAUCUCCCUGCGCGACAUCUGUCUCCGCUUGGGUCUGGAUAGCGAGGAGUCGGCUGAGUAUAUUGUGGCUAAGGCCAUUCGUGAUGGCGUCAUUGAGGCUACUCUGGAUCAUGAGCACGGCUUCAUGAAGAGCAAGGACGUAGGUGACAUUUACGCCACCCGAGAGCCCGGUGAGGCGUUCCACGAGCGCAUUCGCGCCUGCUUGGCUCUCCAUGACGAAAGUGUCAAGGCUAUGCGAUUCCCGAUGAACCAGCACCGCCUCGAGCUUAAGAGCGCUCAGGAGGCACGUGAGCGUGAGCGUGAGUUGGCUAAGGAGAUCCAAGAAGGAGACAUGGACGAUGAAGAUGCUGGAGGCGAUUUCGAUGCCAUCUAG